UUUGACAUUUUUAAAAGACAUUUGAUUACACAAUUGCUCACACGAUAAAUGAAUCCGUUUUUUAUUAGUAAUUUUAUCCACUAGAACUCUCGUCAACUGUCGCGUCUUUCGUCAGUUAUUUUUGUGUACACAUUUCAGUAAAUUACGCGCUUAGAUAUAGUAAUCUCUGAGAACGUCAACCAAAAAUCUCCACUCAUCUCGCUUCUGUCCCAUAUUCAAUUGGCAAUUCUGUUUAAAUUAUACCCUUAUGUCAACAAGCCGGGGAGAAAUAUAUAAACUUCUCACCUUAUGGUGUAUUCAGAACCGCUACUCAAGAUGGUUUACCAAGUUCGUUGGUGGGGAACCUUSUUCGUAUUGGUUUCUUGCGUGGAGUUCAUAGCAUUGGCAAGAAGCAUUUCUGUAUUCAACAAUCAAGGAGUCAUCAAAAAGGCACGAUGUAUUGCCAACUGUCUUACGAUGAUUUCCAAUGCCGGUUCGCCUGAUCCUGGUUGUCAUGGUACCAACUGUAGUCAAUGCGUCAAUGCAUGUGAUAUGAUAUCCAAGACUCUAGAUGAUUGCAAAGCAUCUUGUGCUAACUCGACGUGGUGUAACACAAGUUGCCAAUACAUUCAAACCACCGUCAAGAACUGGAAAGACAUUUACAAUGGAGGCGGGACUUCCAUUCCAAAACCAGCUACUCCCAUAGCAACAGUCAGGAAUGUGACGUCAUUAACGUUGUCGUGGAAACCUGGCAUUKUAAACGUUAGCGGCAGUGUGGUUUAUUUGCUGAAGAAGAAAUACGAGCAAAAAAGCGAUAAACGCACCGAUGAACUGACGGUGGUAUUCACCGAGCCAAAGGCAGUCAUAACAGUUCAAGAUGUCUGUAGAAACGUUAUAAACAGUAAAUGGUACCAUGAGCUGCAUUUCUACUUUACUGUUGUUGCCCUGACAGAAAAUAGUACGCUAGUAUCUGGGGAUAUAUCAAAGCCUAUAGGUAAUGUAUGAUAGUACGCUAGUACCCUGGGGAUAUAUCAAAGCCUAUGGGUGAUGUA